UCUUACUUAGUAUUCGUAAAUGUAUGAGGAUUUAGUAUCUAACUGCAAAGUGAUUUUUCAUUCACCUUACAAACAUGCAGAAGUUAAAGUCUUCUUGAACUUGUGUGUUUUUCUCAUGAUUCAUAUGCGUAUGGGAUAUACAGUUAAAUAGGUUCGACGUUAUUUACAAUCCAGACAAAUUGAAGUUUAAUCCGCCAUUGAAGACAACGGGUAGGUGAUGAUGAUUCUUUACAAUACUGUAAUUUCCUCUCUUUGCGUUCAAUUUCUUUUUGGACUACACGCAUUUCAACCUGUUGCUUGCAACGAGAACUGCAAAGCUCCAACGAUCCACGCCGGAUCUAGCACCAUCGAGGGAUCUUGUUCAACGUUCCAUGCCAAUGAACUUGGAGUUAAGCGCCAAGUGGCAUCUUACCGUGGUCUUCGCUAUGCAAAGCCUCCUGUGGGACGCCGACGAUUCACUCCUCCAGAAUUGCAUGAUUUGGACUUGAAAGUAGACGGAAAUUCGGGCGGACCAAGUUGUCCACAGGGACCUCAUCCAGUAUACAACACCGAGUCUGGCAGUGAAGAAGAUUGCCUCUUUCUUGAUGUUUUUGUGCCUCUGCCACAAAGGGAAGUGCCCCUCGCUGUGCUGGUAUGGCUUCAUGGAGGUGGUUUCAUGUAUGGCGCUGGAACAGUUCCAAUGUUAUCUCCCCUUCCAUUGGUCGCUUUAGGUGACGUCAUAGUGGUAACCAUAAACUACCGUUUAGGAGCUCUUGGAUAUCUAACCACGGGGGACAAUAUCAUACCACCAAACCUCGGUAUUAUGGACCAAAUAACAGCCUUGAAUUGGAUUAGGAAAUACAUAUCAGCAUUUGGAGGUGAUCCAAAUCGAGUAUCUCUCUUUGGUGAUAGCGCGGGAUCAGCAAGCAUUCAUAUCCAUCUCAUGUCUCCGUUGUCGUCUGGUCUAUUUCAUCGAGCAAUAAUGCAGAGUGGAGCAUCAACAUCAUCAUGGGCAAGGUCUCCCGACCUAGCAACAGCAAGAAACAGAGCUCAUACCCUAGGUCGACUGGUGGGGUGUGGCGAAGUGCCAUCUUCUGCACAACUUUUAGAAUGUCUGGAACAAAUUCCUGCACAUGAAAUUGUUGCUAAGCAGCAACUAGUGUUAGCUGACAUGGGAGAUUCAGCUGAUAUCGCAUUCCUCCCCGUCAUCGAUCAUGUAGUCAUCCCUGAUACUCCGGACACCGUUGGCAAAAUGGGUUCGUACAACAAUGUUAGUCUCAUCGUUGGGGCUAACACAGAUGAGGGGAUGAUGGCCAUGAUGAAGUUGUUUCCAAAGGCGAUUACGACACCCACAGUCACUCGUCAAGAGCUGCGACAUUACAUGUCGACCGUUAUCAAGGUGGAGGAUUCCAUCCUUCAAGACCUGAUCGAAUUGGUAUACGAUGUGGACAUACAUGAAAAUCCUUCUCAUACGAAUAGGAUGUACAGUGAUCGUGGCCAAAAUGAAGAUGAGUACUUAUCUGAGUACAUGAAUGAUGGAACGUUGAACGUUUUUGACAAGCUCAAUGACAUCGUAGGCGAUAUGACCAUGUUUUGUCCUACCAUCGCUGUGGCAGAUUUUGCAGCCGAUGCGGGAUUGAAAGUAUACCGUUAUCAUAUGACUCACAGACCCAGCCAGUCAUUUUGGCGUCCCUUAACUUGGACCCGUGUUAACCAUGGUGAGAAUCUUCUCUUUGUAUUUGGGGUACACUUCCUACCCCAUCUCAAUUGGACCUUAACACCAGAAGAAGUAAAUAUGACGUCACACAUCAUCCAGUAUUGGACCAACUUCGCCUCUUCGGGAGACCCGAAUCAAAAUGAAGACAGUCCAUGGCUGAUGAAAGACUUACCAGAUUGGCCGCUCUACGAUCCCAUCACAACAGAUCUCUCGAAGAAUAUUUCACCAGCAAUGACAGAUGAUUCCGCUUUCAAAUCUAGAGAAUGUAGAUUUUGGAAUAUGAUCUUCGCGCGUUUACAAACUCAUCUUUGAAGACAUCAAUAUAAUGAUAUUAUAAUAAUGAUAACAGUAGUAAUGAUAAUGACAAUAAUAAUAGACCUAAUAAUGAUAAUAAUAAUGAUAGUAAUGAUAAUAAUAAUUGUUAUCAUUAUCAUCACUUAACAAUAAUAAAUAGUAUUUUGAUUGUAAAAAAAAUAGUUCUAAAUGACCAAAUCCAGAAUACGUUGUGUGUCAUUGUCAUUGAGUUUUAAGGACGUGUAUCAAUCUGAUAUGGGACCUUAAACAGGCUUAAACAUCACCAUCUCAAAGACCACAGGGCUCGGACCUCUGCAUCACCCUACUUCCCCCGUGUAUUACAGGCGCACGCCACAAUGCAGCACCCGGAAGAUAUGAUUGUAGGCACUAUUACUUCAUAUGAUAAAUAAAAUAUGGUGUCAUCAUAAA